AAUUCACGCUGAUGAAGAAAGCUCACACGACCGGGGUUAAUACGGACCCGCAAUUCCAACCAUGAGGGUCUUACAUGCGGCUUACUGUAAGUACAGUAAUAAUUUACAUGAGAGUUGCUUCCCUCAAGUUGUAUCCUACUGCCAUCUACCUUGUGUAGAACCGCCUAGGACUUUAAGUCAUAAGGUAAACCGUAAGUAAAGCUGCAAUCACCGCCAUUGCGAUCUGCAAUUAUGGAUUUAAAUCGUCGAGUCGCCAGCUCUCUGACCGACCUACUUCUCGACGCACCGAUAAACACCGAGAAAUACGAGGCCCUCUACAAGCACUUCCACGCGCACCCCGAGCUCUCGAAUCUUGAGGCUGAAACUGCCAAAACGAUCGCAGUCCAACUAUCGCGUCUCCAGGCUUUCGACAUCACCACCAACAUUGGCGGCCAUGGCGUCGUCGGCGUGCUAAAAAAUGGCCCAGGGAAAACCAUCCUUCUCCGCGCCGACAUGGACGGCCUCCCAAUCUUGGAGGCAACAGGCCUUCCCUACGCUAGCACCGUCACCAUGCCCGACGUCGAGGGAGUCAUGCGGCCGGUGAUGCACGCGUGCGGCCAUGACAUGCACGUGACGUGUCUCCUCGCUGCCGCUGAAACGCUUCUCAAACUUAAACAGAUGUGGAGCGGGACGUUAAUUGUGCUGUUCCAGCCUGCGGAAGAGCGUGGCACUGGAGCGAAGGCGAUGGUAGAUGAUGGCCUGUAUGGUAAGCACCAGAUCCCGGUGCCCGACUUUGUACUCGGCCAGCAUGUAAUGGCAAUGCGGGCGGGGAGUGUGGGAUCGAAAAUGGGAACGAUUAUGGCGGGGGCGGAUAGUAUGAAAAUUACGCUAUUUGGGGUUGGUGGUCAUGGGUCGCAGCCACAUCGGACGAUUGACCCUGCUGUCCUGGCAGCUCACGUUGUAGUACGCCUCCAGACUGUCAUCAGUAGAGAAAUCAAUCCAAGCGAUACUUCCGUUCUGACGGUUGGGAGCUUGCAAGCCGGUCAGACCGAGAACAUCAUCGCCGACUCGGCGGAAAUUGGUGUCGACAUACGCAGCGUGCGGCCGGAAACCCGCGAGAAACUUCUGGCCUCAAUUCGGCGCAUCGUCAAGGCUGAAUGCGAAGCAAGCGGUUCGACGGUUGCUCCCGUAUUCAGAAUGACUCGGCACCUGCCAAACACCGUGAAUGACGAGUCGAUGAUGAAAACGCUCGUGAAGAGCUUCAGGGAGUAUUUUGAAGACGACUUUGAUGCAAAUAUACCCACUACGACUAUUUCGGAGGAUUUUUCGGUCCUCGCAACAUCGCAGGGUCGGCCGUGUGCGUUUUGGCAUUGGGGAGGAAUAGAGGAAGCCCUGUGGGAUCAGAGGCGGAAAGAGGGGAGAAUUGAUGAUAUUCCUGCCAACCAUACGGCGAGAUUUGCGCCGGUGAUACAACCUACGAUGCAAACGGGUAUUCAUGCUCUCUGUGUUGCUGCUCUUGCUUUCUUUGACGAGAAGUUGCAAUACAGAAUAUAGAGGAUUUAACGACUAGGUACGGAAUAAAGUCGAAGAUAGGCAAUACUCUGGGGGCUUGGUGGCGCUAAACACGAAAGGAGGGGCGCUAAACCGGAAUGGGGAAAGGGGGGAAUUUCCCAUGACCCGUCAGCUCGAUUUCCAAAUAGACCGAAUAGCCCGGUCU